AUGGCCCCUCAACCACUCCUACCAGUCCUCCCCGAUUUCGACCUAAAUGACUAUGAUGACCUAGAUUUCCUUCAGCGAUCUUCUGUGCCUAACCAAGCAACUAUGCCCAAUGUUGAGCAGCCUAUUGGCAGAGAAGAACGGAUGGCUGGUAUGAGGACCCGACCUCGGCCUGCCGACAACGCGUUUCUAGCUGCUGAUGCCAAUGACAGCGUAGACAAUGACCCUGACCUUUCGUUCUGGAAACAAGCAAUGGCUCAUGAACAUCAGAUCACCCAGGCUCAAGGUAGCUACCCCCCUCUCUGGUAUGAAGAACCAGACUCUGACAGGAAGAACCUUGCAGAGGGUGGAGAGUCUGUCUCUUAUACAGCCGGUGAACACAAUGAUGCCACUGCUCCAUUGGACCAAUCUGAUUUGUUCGAGGAAGGUUUGAAUUCAGCCUUCGGACCCGCAAGGCCAAGCGCCAAUACCACUGCUGAGGUCAACUCUCUUGAGGAGGGUCCUGUUACGAUUUCUGUGACCGCCCGCAAGGCCGGUCGAGCCAAGAUUCUCAAGAAUCGCAAACGGAACAAGAACAAGGUGAUGGAUGUUGUCGAUGAGUACGAUACGUACGCGGAACUGCAAGGGUUUGAACCCAGCACGUAUCUUCUUCCAAAAGAAGUGUCGCUGCAAAAGAUUUGUGAACAAUAUCCCAACCACUUGGUUGGACCACAUCUGGACGCGUUUAUCCAGUAUAUGUGGACUGGCUUGGAUAUAUAUAACAUACUCCCUCCACGCAUUGUCAACGCCUUCAUCGAAGCGGGUGUAAUGAGUUCUGAACGCAAGAACCGAGCAAACUUUCUGACGAAGAGGCUCAAUAAGAGAAUUAACUUCCAUACCCCGGAAAGCAUGACAACCUUGAUCGAAGCCCACGAAAAGCUUCGGCCAUGCAUGGAUAACGGCAAGGUGCACUAUGGCCGCUCAAAGCUUCAGGGAAAAUACAGCAACAGUCGUGCCCAGGCUGUUCGACCUAUGCCGCCCCGCAAAUAUAACGGAAUGAGCUCGAAGAAGAGAAAGGCUGCUGCUGAGGAGGAAGUUGACGCAGACGAAGUCGACAAUGAUGGAGCUGAGCCAGGAUCAGAACCCAGUGAUCAGUUAAGAGAUAGUGCCCAGUCCACCAACACUGCUCCACAUUUUCCUUAUGCCAGCUUCAAUGAUUUCGACGUCGCUUUGAAUGAGAUCGACAGCAUGGGCCAUCCUCAGUUUGUAACCACGGAUCCUGAACCCUCUGCUCAUCUGCUUGAAGGUCCCAACUUUGACGCCUACGACUCAUGGGAUCAAUAUGGAUAUACUGGAUUUCCUGGUGGUCAGGACAUAUUCACCGCAGGAGAGCCAGGCCUUUGUCUCCAAUGCGACGAUGGAGAAUUCGUCGAUGACCAGUUUGCAGCCACCAACGCUGGCAUGAGCAAGUUUCAGCCUAUAGACAUCAAUGGCGGGAUGUCCUAUUUGCAAACUGUAGAUUUCAUUGGCGGAAUGGUCAACUUUCAACCUGCCGACCUCACCGCUGAUAUAAGCAACUUUCCACCUGCAGACUUUAAUGGAGGAACGGUCAACUUUCAACCGGUAGACCUCAAUGGUGAACUGGAAAACUUGCGCCCUGCAUUUUUCAAUGGCGGAAUGCAAGGCGUCGGGUUGGACGUCUCUGAGAACGUAUAUCAUGCUCAGCGUGGCGAGGCUAUUCCGCACGAAACGGUUGGCCAUGAAGUGAAUGGCGGUCAGUCGGCCUAUCCAAUCCCCCAUACAUUUUCCCAAGUCAUGCCUCAAUCUGUCGGCAGACUGGGCAAGCGUGCUGGAAAGGAUGAGGCCGACGGCGAAGUUCUUGAGAUUGCUGGUGGGCGAAACAAGCGCGUGCGAUACGAAGAGGGCGCAGAAGCACCUCCAAAGGUUGGCCGGCCCAGUCGACGAAGCAAGUGCACUUAA